AAUAUAAAUGUAAUCUACAUCUAUUAUUUCAGUUAUUAUUUAAAUAAUGACUAUUAUAAUUCCUCAAAAAUGGCAAUAUUCAAAGAUCGUAUAGAGCUUGCAUAGUACCAGCUGACAACAAUGGUCGUCAACAAAUACAUGUCAUUCCACAAACUGUCAUACAGUGUGUGGAAUGUAAGGAUCAAACAUAUGGAUAUAGCUUGUCCGAGCAUGUCGUGUUACGAUUAAAAAAUAUUUAAAAAUUCCUUUGAAUUUACAAUCUGUCAUAAAUGUUUACCUUUCGUUUCUUAUAAUUUAAUAAAUUUCAUUUUUAAUAAAAAUUAUUGUAAUUAGAAGAUUGUAUUUACAUCACAUUAAAAAAUUCAAUAAGAUUUCUGAUAGAUCUAUUAAUUGUUUUAGUGUUCCUCAAGUUUAUAAUGUCAGUAUCAAUUAAUACAGUAGAUAGUUUGGAUUAUUGUUAUUUUCCUAUUACGAAAUCUCGCAUUAAAUUACGAGUGAAAGCUAAUCAUGAUGCCAGAAUUUCUCUUAGAACUCAUUUGGGAGAUGAUUCAAAUGUAUAUGAAAUUAUUCUUGGUGGAUGGGGAAAUACCAUGUCGGCUAUAAGGAGAAAUAAUGUAGAACCAGAUGUAGCUGAAGCAGAAACUAUAGAUAUAUGUGGAGAUAAUUGUUAUAUUUGGAUACAGUGGUCUUGUGAUGGUAUGUUAAGCGUAGGUCGAGAGGAUAUAGAAUGUGAAACUUUAAUGACAUUUAAAGAUAGAAAUCCAUUUGUUAUCAAUUAUAUAGGAUUUAGUACAGCUUGGGGUGCGACAGGAGAAUGGACUAUAAUGAAUGAAUACAAAUUUACAUCACUUGCUAUCAGACAACAACUUGCCGAUACAUGUCAUUUAUGGUUUGACUUUAACAACACAUUAAGUUUUCCGCAAAAUGCAGCUAUGGCUUCUGAAGACGGAUUAUAUAUCGGACGUGCACAUCAUAAAGAUUCUGUAACACCUGGUGGUAUAAAGGAUAAUGUUUGUACUUUAGCAUGGGGAGGAACAACUCAUGACAAAAAAGAAUUUCAAGUGUUAUGCAUUAAAGACAUUGACUGGGUAAAAUCAUGGGAGGGUAGUGUUCCUUUGUAUGCUCUUCCUGCUGGUGAAACAGAAGAUGGUUAUGCUCUUUUUAUUGGUAGAGUUUUACAUGAAGGAGUGUAUUAUGUAGGAAAAAUACAACCAAAUCAUCAAGUAUGCUAUAUACCAGUUAAUGGACAAGAAAUGCCUUGUUUGGAAUACGAGACCUUGGUAAUACAUAAUUACAAUACCAUGGAACAUAUAGGAAGAUAAAUACUUGUUAAAUAUGGAAGAUAUUCAUUUACAUCGACUGUAUAAUAUAUUUUGUGCAUUCUAUACCUCAGUACUAUAAAAUGUUUGUAAAUGAAUAUAGAAAUUAGGAAAAUUAUAAUAAGCUAUAUGUUAUGUCAUAAUUUAUAAUUACAUAAUCUAGAUAUUCAUAUAUUUCUUAAUAUCUUUCUGCUAUAAGCUGCAAAUUUAUUAAACAAAAAAUAUAUCGCUAUUGGAAUGAUAAAUGCGAAUAUGAUGCUCUGUGAUCGUAAUAUUCUGUAAACUGUUCGUACCUUAUAUGGUGAUAGUAAUUUGUUUUGGACUGAUAAUGAUAAAAUGCUAAUUAUUUUUAGGAUUAUAUAUAUGUAUGUAUGUAUGUAUGUAUGUAUAGUAGAUAAGUAAAAAAGCGAAUGUUAUAAAAAGAGA